AUGGAGCUUCUCGGAACAUUCCUUGAUAUUUUAAAGUGCAUUGGGCCACCUCUAUGCACAUAUAUUGAAUAUCAUAGAAAGCUUCAAGAAAAUUUUAGUAACCUUAAGCGGGAAUUGAACGAUUUAAACAGCCGAAAGAAAGAUGUUGAGGAAAUGCUGAAGGCAGAGUAUGCAAUGGGUAAGCUACCAAAGGAAGAAGUCAGUAAUUGGUUGCGAAAUAUAGAAACGAUUACUGGUGAGGUAGAAAAUAUUGAAAAGGAAGUCCAUGAAAAGAAAAUUUUCUCACGUGUGCGUCUCAGUAAGCUUGUCAAAGAGAAGAUUCAAAAGGUGAAAGAAUAUGAACAAAAGCGAAGUUCUUUUCAAAGUUUGGUAAUUGAUACACCUCCGGCGAGAGGAUUGACAUUACCAACAACGACAUUGGUUGGUGCAAAUACACAGAAAAAUAUGGAAGAAAUUUGGGCACACUUGAUGGGAAAUGAGGUCACCAAGAUUGGAGUUUGUGGGAUAGGGGGAGUUGGGAAGACAACAAUCAUAAAACGGAUUAAUAAUAGACUUCUACAAGAAAAGGGUAAAUUUGAUCAUGUGAUAUGGGUCACUGUUUCCCAACCAUUUGAUCUUGCUAAAUUGCAAGAUCAAAUUGCAUCUAUGUUUGAUCCAAAUUUUAAAGGGCCUGAAGAUCAAAAAAUAAGGGCAGCGAUGUUAUUAAGAAUGUUUGCAGGAAAAAGAUUUGUGUUAAUAUUAGAUGAUAUGUGGGAAUCAUUUUCACUCGAGGAAGUAGGAAUACCUGAACCAACAAAAGGUAAUGGAUGCAAAGUGAUGAUAACAACUCGAUCAAUAGAUGUAUGUCACUCUAUGGGCUGUAAAGUAGUACGAGUGGAGCCUCUUGCAAAACAUGAAGCAUUGAAGUUAUUUGUAGAUAAAGUGGAAGUCUAUAUUAUUGAAGUUCCAACAUUAAAAGAACUGGUGGAACUUAUUGUGGAUCAAUGUGCUUGUUUGCCACUCGCAGUUGUAACGGUAGCCGGCUGCAUGAAAGGAGUGGAUGACAUUUGUGAAUGGAGGAAUGCAUUCAAUGAAUUGUCUGACUAUAUAAGAAGUGAUAAAGUCUUGUCAGUAAUUUCUCGAUUGCAAUUCAGUUAUGAUCGUUUGAAGCAUAAAAAGUUGCAACAUUGUUUCUUAUAUUGUGCACUAUAUCCCGAAGACUUCAAAAUCCCGAAAGAGGAGUUAAUAGAUUAUUGGAUUGCAGAAGGAUUGGUAGAUGAAAGGGCUAGAAUGCAAGCAAUGUACGAUGAGGGUUAUUCUAUAUUGAAUAGACUUGUUAACAAUUGUUUGUUGGAGAGUUCUGAUGAUGGAAGAUGUGUGAAGAUGCAUGAUCUUAUAAGAGAAAUGGCAUUGUACAUUACAAGCAUGAGUCCUUUAUUCAUGGUAAAAGCUGGAGAGAAAUUGCAAGAAUUACCAAGGGAACAAGAAUGGAAACAGAAUCUUGGAAAGGCUUCAUUAAUGAGGAAUGAGAUAUCAGAAAUUCCUCCAAAUAUGUCACCAGAUUGUCAAGCUCUUUCAACUUUGCUUCUACAAGAAAAUGUUUAUUUAGAAAAUAUUCCUGAAUCUUUUUUUGUAAGGAUGCAAGGGUUGAAGAUUCUCAAUCUUUCCUACACUAGUAUCGAGAAGUUGCCAAAUUCUGUAGGGUUGAAGAUUCUCAAUCUUUCCUACACUAGUAUCGAGAAAUUGCUAAAUUCUAUCUCUUACUUGACGAAUCUCACAGCAUUGUUGCUUCAAUAUUGCAUUAAAUUAAAGCAUGUUCCUUGUUUAGCAAAGCUAGUGUGUCUUUGGAGUUUGGACCUUGGAGGAACUAUAAUAACAGAAGUCCCUCAAGGUAUGGAGAUGUUGCAAAAGCUUAGAUACUUUAAUCUUUUUUCAAAGGAACUAGAAAAGUUACCAGUUGGGAUGCUAUCUAAACUAAGUUGUGUCAAAAAAUUGAGAGUGUAUUGGGGAUCCAAAACUUCAGAAGCAACGAUUGAGGAGGCAUCAAAAUUGAGUGAAUUAGAUACUUUGGAAGUGUGCUUUCACAAAGUAGAAGACUUUAAGAUACAUGUUAAAUCUUUAGGAAGUGGAGGUCCAAGACUUAGAAAAUACAGUCUUUCGUUACAUUCUCCAUUAGUUGGACUUAAACAUACACCAUAUGUGUCGUAUGUGUGUUAUUUAUUUUGGCCUCCUGUCGAAGAAGUUGAUGUUGAUAGAAAUGUAGUGUUUGCUCUUAACUUUGUUGCGCCCCCAAAAUACUUACAGUGUCUAUCUCUAAUUGCUUGCGAUGAUGUAAGAAGCUUAAGUGAUGUUCUGUCUAACGAAGAAGAGUAUUCAGACCUUAAAGUUGUAUACAUAUCUAAUUGUCAUAAUUUAAAGAAGUUAUUGUCAGCUAAGUUGUUGUGGGCCUUACCAAACCUGGAAGUGAUUGGUGUUAGGUUGUGUGAAGAAAUUGAGGGGAUAAUAACAUUAGAUGGUGGUGAAGAAAAAAGUGAGGAAGAUGGAAGGAGUAAUACCAUGGGAUUCACACUAGCUCUUCCUAAAUUGAAAUUAUUGAGAUUGUGGGAUCUUCCGGAAUUGAAGAGGAUAUGUAGUAGCAAUGGAGUAAUGGUUUGUGAUUCUCUCAAACAAAUUGAAGUAUACAAGUGCCCAAAACUGAAGAGGCUCCCUCUGUCUCUUUCCCUGCCUGCAAUUAAAGAAAUCAAGGUAGAAGAAGACUGGUGGAAUCCAUUGGAGUGGGACAAUCCCAAUGCAAAAAACGCCCUACAACCUCACAUCAAAUAUUGGUGA